AUGCAGUUUUCAACACUUGUUUCAAUUGCCCUUUCGUUUGCAGCCGUCGUUUGUGCUCAGCAAAAGACAGGCCAGAAUGCGUUCACGCACCCGCUCGGUGGCACGAUAGACGCCUCAGAACCCCUGACGUUGAAGUGGACUCCUACUACAACGGGAACCGUCACUAUCAAGCUCUUGAAGGGACCAACAACAAAUAUCCUCGAUAUCGACAUAGUUGCAACCUACAUCGAAAACUCCGGAUCAUACACAUGGAACAUCCCCCAAAGUCUCCAAGACAGCGGUACCAUGCCCGAAGGCGACAAAUACGGUUUUAAAAUCCUCGACGAUGCAACUGGCACCUACGAGUAUAGUCCCCCAUUCGACAUUUCCGUCCCCGGUUCUACAUACGGCGGUGCUUCUGGGACCUCCGACUCUUCAGCCUCUUCAGCGGUCGAGUCAACUUCAAAAAAGGCCACCUCCACCUCUGCUGCUGCGAGCACAUCUGCUGCGCAGAAGACCACCGCAAUCGCACAGAGUACUACCGUGGAGGCAACUGCUACACCAACCGUCAUCCAGGAGCAACCCGUUGAGACAGAAGCGUCGGCCGUAGCGACCACUUUCGCGACAAAGACCACUGCUGCUGCAAAGGCUACUAGCACAUCGGCUGAUACUGAGGCUACAGAGUCACAGGGCUCUCCCCCAAACAUCUUGUUUAUUGCCGGUAUCGGUGCGGGUGGUAUCGUUCUCUGCGGAUUCAUCAUUCUGGGUCUCUGCAUGUGCUGCAGGUCAAAGAAGAGAAAGUCAACCUCGCCUAUCGAGAACACCAUGUCACAGAGACAUAGCAAGAUGUACGGAAACGGAAUGUACAACCGCGUUUAA